AUAAGGUACCCGCUCAACACCACUAGUUGCAUCUUCUUCCUCUUUCUCCCUCUCUCUUCCUUCUUCUCUUUCUCAUACAACUAACCGCUUCAUCCAUCCUCAUAAGAAUCAAACCUUUUCCCAUCUCCUUCCUCCCUUCUCUCUCUUUCUUUUCCCCUCUAUUAUUCCCUCCCCGCUCCCUUCUUUCAUUGCCAACCACUUCCCUCCCUUUGUUCCUUUGUCGCUAGUGACGUACCCCCGUUGCCCCGCUACGCAACUCGAAAUCAUCUCCUGCAACCUCCGUCGUCUUCUGCGCAUUCUGGCGAGCUUCUCAUCCUCUAGAUCUUGAUCUUUUUCUAAUCGGCCGGCCUCUUUCUUUUUUUUACCUCUGGCUCUUCCGAACCCGCAGUUCCGCCGAUCCUGGGAGCUUCCCCGCAUCCUCCUACCAACCGCCAUGCGUAUUACGGUGAGCGUGAUCCGGCCGGAUCAGGCCGAUUCCGAUAUUAUCUCCCUCGAAGUCGGCGGGGACAUGACGAUCGAACUCCUCAAAGCCAUCGUCGAAAGCGAGACGUCCAUCCCCCCAUCCGCACAACAGCUCGUCUACAACAACCAGCUGCUUGGGAAUGAUGCCCAGACUCUGGAACAGGUUGGCAUCGGCGAGGGAGACAUGUUGGGCGUUCACAUCACAUUCCGGGGUCCGCAGGCUCCCGCGCGGACUGCGCCCGGUCCUAGCAUGCCAGCCGCCCAGCAAAACUUGCAACGGAGGCCGCCCAUGGCCCCCGACCCGGAAACCAUCCGGUUACAUAUUCUAGGCGACCCCCGGGUUCGCGAUGCGGUCCGACGACAAAACCCCGAACUCGCGGACGCCGCGAGCGAUCCAAAUCGGUUCCGUGAUGUCCUGCUCUCGCAGCAGCGGCGCGAGGCCCAGGUCGAGGCGGAGAAGGAGGCUCGGAUCGCCAUGUUGAAUGCGGACCCAUUCAACCCAGAUAAUCAGAAGCAGAUUGAGGAGAUGAUCCGCCAGAAUGCGGUGACGGAAAAUCUCCACAACGCGAUGGAGCAUCAUCCGGAGUGUAGGUUCCGACCCCUCGGGUAUCACCCUCUCUGGUCCACGCACAAGGGAUGCUAAUCGAGGGUCGUAGCGUUCGGUCGCGUCACGAUGCUCUACAUCCCCGUCGAGGUCAACGGUCACAAGCUCAACGCGUUUGUCGACUCGGGGGCUCAGGUCACCAUCAUGUCCCCCGAGUGCGCGACCGCGUGCAACAUCAUGCGUCUCGUCGACCAACGUUACGGAGGCAUCGCCAAGGGAGUGGGCACGGCGACCAUCCUGGGUCGAGUCCAUUCGGCGCAGAUUCGGAUCGGAAGCCUGUUUCUGCCGUGCUCCUUCACCGUCAUGGAGGGGAAACACAUUGAUCUCCUACUGGGGUUGGACAUGUUGAAACGACAUCAAGCGUGUAUCGACCUCCAGAAAGGAGCCCUCGUGAUCCAGGAUCAGGCCGUACCCUUCUUGGGCGAGGCGGACAUCCCGAAACAUCUCCAGGACGAGUUCGAGGACGAGCCGAUGGUCAAGGGCGCCGACGGGGCCGAAGUCGGCGCUCGGACGGGA